GGCCGUUCCAUCAAAGUUCAGAUAUGCAGCCCAAGGUAAAAUUCCAGUUCCUCUUCCUCACGUGAUGGCACGUGCCCACCCUGGCAUGAGGCCCCAUGCCGAAGCCACCAGCGAAAUGAACGGAAGAAGAGAGCGGAGGGAACAACUGCCGCACGGCACGGAGACAGACGCGGACAGACCGAGCGAUUGGUCGGCGACCACCUCACCUCCGCCGCCAUCCACUCCUCGGCUCGGGCUCCACGCAAUGUUACUCGUUACCAUCAUUAGCUGUUGAUGGGCAUAUGAACGAUGUCCACAUCUCGUCAGAUAGAUGAUGGGCCUGCUGUACUACAGUUAUGCAGAUGGACAUUGCUACAACCCCAUCUCAAACUAUCAAAAUUUCGAGAGGCUUUUAUAUCUCCAACAAGGCGUCUUUUUGGACUGCUCUCAGACCAUGGGGAUCUUGUCCUGGCAACUGCUGAGAUCAACUCAUCACAAGUUGAAUCUCAUAGAGCUCUAUCGGAUACCUGUACUCAGGCAGUCUUCAAAACGUUUUCUACUAUUCCCCGAGUGAAGUCUUUAGCAUGGGGAUACUGUUCUGAUGCUUUUGAUGACUCAAGUUUUAAUGAAAUUCUAGUGGUAUCAAGUGAUGCUUCUAUCACAGUCCAUGCAUUCUGCCAUUCUCGCAAAAGCACACUAACAGUUAAUUCAAUGUCUGAUGCUAAAGAGUUGCAUGGGGAGUGGAAAGAGUGGCGCCCUACUGAAUGUUCAGUGUUGGAGGAUGGUGAGUCAGGUCCAGAAAAUUGGUUUUGUUCUUUCCUAACUACAGUCACUGCGUCUGUUUCUAAUGGAAAAUACCAAGCCAGAUUGCCCAUGAAAUCUUUAUUGCCUAAUUCAGCAGAAGUUGUAUCCUUUAGCAUAUAUGACAUUACUCUCUCUUUCUUGAAAUAUUGGUAUAGCAAAUGUUCUCUGAAGACUAUGGCGGAAACUGACAGUGAAUCACCACGACGUUUUCUUAGAGCAUCGUGCAGUUGUCAGUGGGAGUGUCUAAAAGUUUUGUCUAGCUCGUCAUGUUAUUUGAUCGGCUUAGUUCUGACUCCUAAUGAAUCAGUACGUUGUGAGGCCCAUCCAUCCAAUGCGGAGUGUAUUUUGGUUACUGUUCUGGAGCUAAACCACUGGGGCAUACAGUGGAACUUUGUGGCAGACCUUCAGGAUGUAUCUGAUGGUAUUACGCCAAGUCCAAAAUGGGUUGAUUUUCAGUUAUCAGAUGUGUUUCUUGCCUGCCUUAAUACAGCAGGUUUUGUUGCCAUUUGGAACGUGAAAACUGGUGGUCUUGUGACGUCAUUCAGUGUUCUUCAACAAUGCAGAACUGAUCUGGAGAUGCCUCUGAGGAGCUCUAUGUCCAUUGUGACAAAUUUGGACGAGGGAAAUAUCCAUGUUGAGAACUUUGUUGGCAGAAUGUUUAAGCGGUUAGUUUUGGCAUCAUAUUCUUAUCUUCUUGCUGUUGUAGAUGAGGUUGGAGUAGUGUAUGUGUUCUAUGCGGAUGACAUCUUAAACUUCAAAGCUAAUGUGCACGAAAACUUUGAUCUGCCUGUUAUGAAUCAGUUUGCUGAUUGUUUUUCUAUCUGGGAAGCUGCUGGUCAUGAGAUAGGAAGUCUAUCAUUUUGUGCUAAUCAGUCCAUACAACAAGGGUCACUUAGUCUAACCAAAUUGGUUCCUGAGUUCUCAGGGAAAAGCGAUGAUAUUGUCAGGCCUAGAGAAAGAAGAAAAUAUAGAUGCGAUGAAAAUGAAGUGGACAGCUGGCCAAGUGGCUUUGUCACUGCAGGGCAGAUGAAAGUUGGGGCAGGUUAUCGUCGCACAAAUUCCUCUUGUUUCUUUAGGAGGAUAAUUCUUCCUCCAUGCAGAUCACAGCAGGAUGUAAUUAGCCUGUGUCCACUUGGACUAACUAGAAUUUUUAAAGGUUCUAUUGCGGAUGGAAACGAGCAUGUCAAAAUUUUUCAUUCCGAGUUGCUUAUGUAUUCAUCUUUUCUUGGCAAAGGAGAUAUUGAUAUUGGUUUUAUGGACGAAAUGCUUCCAUUUAAAAAGGAUUCCACUUUUGUCGGAGAUUCUGUUGUUUGCUCCUGCCAGGGAUAUUUGUAUUUAAUUACCCAGUAUGGCCUUUCUGUGGUCCUUCCUCCAGUUUCUAUAUCAUCCUUUUCAUCUCAAUGUGACGCUAUCAAAUUCUGGCAAAUGGGUCCUGCUGCUGGUAGCACAUGCAAUGCUCUGAACUUACUAUCUGUUGACAAAUCAGACACAAGCUGGAAAACCUGGCAAAUAGAAGUCCUGGAUAGAGCUUUGUUGUAUGAAGGUCCCGCACUAGCAGACAGGCUCUGUUGGGAGAAUGGAUGGGAUUUGAAAUUCUCUAGGUUACGUUGGCUGCAAUUAGCCCUUCAUUACUCAAUGAUUGGUGAUCUAGAGCAGUCACUGAAUUUACUCGCUGAGGUUAAUCUUGCGGAAGAAGGUGUAUUGCAACUGCUAUUGGCAUCUAUUCAUAGGUUAUCUAGUAGGACUGGAAGUGAUAAUGAAGCCACAGUGUCAUCCAAAUCAGUACCAAUAUACUUCUCUGCUCGGCAGGCAUCUUGUUCGACCGGAUGAUAUGUUUGAACAACUUGGUUAACCAUACUAUAGCUAUGUCCCCGAGCCUCGAGGCAUCUCCAUGCCUCAAUUGGGAGCCAUACUACCAGGGCCCAUCGCCUGAACCCCCUUUCAUCCUUUUCAAAGUCUCUUUAACCUCAGAUUCCUGGAUCCUACACACAAAGUGCCUAUUGGUGUCAUCAAAAGAAAGUGAACUAUAUGGAUAUAAAUCUUUAAUUCUCUAUAACCAGCAUUUAAUCUGUCAGGUCUGGAAACUGGUGCAUUGUAGAAACUUGCUAGCAGCCUGAGUCAUAGAGGAAUGGCUAUGGAAGUUGAAUGCAUCUGUAGUAGGCUCAAGCCUGUAAAGAACACCUGUACAACUGUUGGAACCUGCUCUUGGGGCGGGGUGGGGGGUGAUGCAGACCAUUUAAGGCACUCUAUUUUUGGGUCAUGGAACUUUACAGGUUAAUGGUUUUAGCUGUUCGCUUUGCAACAAGAAUGAUAAAAUGUUACGGGUUACAGAAGCAAACCACAGACAAUAAUUCAGUAAAGCUUCAUGAAAUGGCUCUCCUUUUGAUGGCAAUAAGAAGUAUCCAGAGCCGAGUCUCUGCAAAGAAUCAGAAUUCUGUUUGGAUGCAGGGAGAUGAUAAGAGCUCAUUGAAAAUAGGUACAGAAGUAUUUCAGCAUGAUUCUUCAGUUCCAGUUGUUGUACUGGAUGGUGUUUCAUCAGGGCCAUCGGGUGGGUUAGAUACUCAUGACAGGCAAGAGUUGGUUCCUGUGUGUGUUCCUGAUAGCAACAGCAUGUUAGCUCUAACACCAGUUGGGUCAUCUCUUAGUGCUUCAACUUUUCAUGAUAUUGAUACUAAUAAAAGGACUACCCAAGUUGGAAGUCAAAAUUUUCAAGGAAAUAUCAAGGAGAUGAUUAACAGAUGGGAAAUGAAUAACUUUGACUUAAAAAUUGUAGUCAGAGAAGCACUGCAGUCUGGUCGCCUACCUUUGGCAGUUCUUCAGUUGCAGCUUUUGCGCCAGAGGGAAUUAGUUUCCAAUGAUUAUUCUGAAGAUGCUUUCUCUGAAGUUCAUGAAAUUGGAAGGUCCAUUGUGUAUGACCUGUUGAUGAAGGGUGAAACUGGAUUGGCUGUAGCAACACUAGAAAGGCUAGGAAAUGAUGUAGAGUCGGACCUAAGACAACUUAUGCAAGGUACUGUCAGGAGGUCACUAAGGCUACAAAUUGCUGACGAGAUGAAGAAGCGUGGGUACAUAACACCAGAUGACUGGAAGAUGCUAGAAACUAUAACACUAAUUGAGCGUCUCUACCCUAGCAGCAGCUUCUGGAACACAUACUUUUACAGGGAGAAUGUCAUUCGUGAUGCUGCAAAAAUUGUUACACUGCCAGGAGACGAUAAACCUGUAUUGGCUCUAAAUAUUCGCAACCACCCCAUUAUUGAAUGUGGUGAUGUUGACGGAGCAGUGCUUGGUUCUUGGGUGAACAUUAAUGAUUGCACUAAGGAGUUUUCUGGGAGCAACAUUUCUGAUGGUUAUUGGGCCUGUGCUGCUGUGUGGUCGGAUGCUUGGGGUCCGAGAACUGUGGACCGUAUAUUGCUGGACCAGCCUUAUCAUGUACAUGCUCAUGUCCCAUGGGAAUCUCAGUUUGAAUAUUUUGUUGCUCAUAAUGAUGUGGGGAAAGUCUGCGAACUCCUGGACAUGAUUCCCAAUAGCAUACUUUCAGAAGGGAUUAUUAGAGUAAACGUGAACAGUUUACAAGCUCCUGCCAACACUCUUUCUGAUUUAACAGUCCCUGAUUACAACAUGUACAUAUGUGACUCAGAAGAGCUUGAACCUUUCUGUGUGGAGAUACCACAUGUUAAAGUAUUUAGAUCUUUGUGGAAUCAUGAGUCAACAUUAUAUAUUCGAAUGGUAAUGCAGCAGGAAUUGGCAAAGAGACACAUCUUUAUGAAAGAGUAUUGGCAAAGUACUACUGAAAUUAUACCUUUGCUUGCUCGUGCUGGCAUACUUAUAAAGGUUGGUCUAAAGGAAGAAUGUUCUACAAUAUUUUCUGCUUCAGAGAUUCCAGAUGAUGCCCAUCACCAGGGCCGUGAAGGCGCACUGCAUAAGCUAAUCAUACGUUUCUGUGUGCAAUAUAACUUGCCAUAUCUACUGGACCUCUAUCUGGACACCUGUAAUUUGACUCCUGAUAAGGAUUGUAUCCGUUUACUCAAAGAAAACACAGGUGAUUGCAAGUGGGCACAAUGGUUACUCUUCUCCAGGAUCAAAGGUUAUGAGUAUGAGGCAUCAUUCUCUAAUGCACGUUGGAAUUUGUCAAAGAAAAUGGUCAAUAAUAGUAAUCCUACGGCUGUUGAGAUAGAUGAAAUGUUGUAUACAGUAGAUGAUAUGGCAGAACGAAUUGGUGAAAUGUCUGCAUUAGCUACCUUGAUGUAUGCUUCAGCACCAAUUCAGAAAUCCAUAUGUACUGGAAGUGUGAACAGAAGUGGUUCGUCUUCCCAGUGCACAUUGGAGAACCUGGCUCCUUGUCUCCAGCAAUUUCCAACACUAUGGAAAACCCUUUUUUCAGCUUGUUUUGGCCAAGAUGAAUAUGGGUGUUUAAACUACUCUGCUGGUAAUGCGUAUGGAAAAAGAUCAAUUUCAGAGUACUUGAGAUGGCGCUAUAGCGUUUUUUCCUCUGCUGGAGGAGACACUUCGUUGUUGCAAAUGCUUCCAUGUUGGGUCCCAAAGUCUGUUAGAAGAUUAAUUCAACUAUUUGAACAGGGCCCUUUUGGAAUGCAACUUCUAUCAACUGCCCCAUCAUCUGAAGAGUUAUUCACUCACGGUGUCUCCAAUUAUAUAUACAAUUCUACUGGAUAUACCGAAGCCAAUGCACUGUCCUUAGAAGCAUCGAUCCAAAAAAGUGUUGAAGAAGAAUUAUAUUCUUCCCUUGAGGAGAAAGAUGUGAGAGUGGAACACCAUUUGCACCGUGGUCGAGCCUUAGCUGCUUUCAGGCAUCUUAUUGCUAAGAGGGCUUCACAGUUGAAAUCAGCUAGUGCACGUCAAGUGAUAUCCGCACAGUCUAAUGUUCAAGCAGAUGUACAAUUGAUACUUGCUCCUCUAAGUCAAGUUGAACGAUCAAUUCUUAUAUCGGUGGCUCCACUAGCUAUUACAAACUUUGAGGACUCGACUCUAGUUGCUUCCUGUAUAUUCUUGUUGGAACUUUGUGGCCUGUGUGCCAACAUGCUUCGUUUAGAUAUUGCUGCACUACGACGCAUCUCUUCCUACUACAAGUCAGUUCAAGAAAAUAAACAUGUUGAUCUAUCUCCACCAAGGGGCCCAGAGCUCCAUGUGCAGUCCCAUGGAGCUGGUAUAGCUCCUGCUCUAGCUCGAGCGCUAGCUGAAGAUUAUGUCCAGUCUGAUCAUCUGCAUGUUUUGGAGCAGACUCAAACCUCGAUGGCUCCCAAGCGGGAACAGACACAAUAUCCUCUUAUUUCUAUUCUGCAACACCUUGAAAAAGCAAGUUUGCCAUCAUUGGAGGAAGGUAAAACUUGUGGGUUUUGGCUUUUGACUGGUGUUGGUGAUGCAUCUCUUUACCGGUCGCAACAGAAUGAAGCAAGUCAACACUGGAAUUUGGUUACUGAAUUCUGUCAGGCACACUAUCUCCCACUAAGUACAAAAUAUCUUGCAUUACUGGCCAAUGACAAUGAUUGGGUUGGUUUUUUAACAGAAGCUCAGAUAGCUGGAUUUUCUAUUGAAGCUGUUAUUGAAGUGGCAGCCAAAGAGAUCAGGGAUUCAAGACUGAGGGCCCACAUACUGACUGUUCUAAAAAAUAUGAUAUCACUUCGAAGGAAAUCAUCUGGUAAUGUACCUUCAGGAAGCAGUGAUCCAUCUUUCUCUUCUGUUGAUGGCAAUAAUCCCAUGGAACUUUUCUGCAUUCUUGGAGUCUGUGAAAAGCAAAAAAACCCUGGGGAGGCACUCCUAAUUAAAGCAAAACAAAUGCAGUGGUCUUUGCUUGCCAUGAUUGCCUCAUGCUUUCCGGAUGUAACUCCUCUCACAUGCUUAAGUGUUUGGCUUGAGAUUACAGCCGCAAGGGAGAUGUCCUCGAUCAAGGUGGAUGAUGUUUCCUUGAAAAUAGCAAAGAAUGUUGGAUCUGCUGUUGAAGCCACAAAUAAAUUGCCAAGCACUAGCAGAAAUGUUGAAUUUCGUUACAAUAGGAAGAAUCCAAAGCGAAGACGGUUCCUGGAAGCGUCACAUGAAAAGUUAUGUUUCUCAAUAGAUAGCACAUGUGGGCCAGAUUCUGCUGCAACUUCCAAUCCUAUCAGUAUUGUUGACCAUCAGGGAAUAGGAAAGCCAAUCUCAGGAGAAACCAUAAUGUCCGUUGAUAUUGAUGAAAGGCUUGCAUCUUUAUCAAACAUGGUAGCAGUGCUUUGCGAACAACAACUGUUUCUACCAUUACUUAGAGCUUUUGAAAUGUUUUUGCCUUCCUGCUCCCUUCUUUCCUUCAUUCGUUCUCUCCAGGCAUUUUCUCAAAUGCGUCUUCCCGAGGCUUCUGCACGUUUGGCAUCCUUUUCAGCAAGAAUAAAAGAUGAAGCCUCUCAUACUCAACUAAACUCUUCCAAAGAAGUGUCAGUAAUAGCAGAAUGGGUGGCCACUACAGCUGUAAAAGCUGCAGAUGCUGUCCUUUCAAACUGUUCAUCAAUUUAUGAGAAGAGGUGUCUACUGCAGCUUCUUUCAGCAGUGGAUUUUGCUGAUGGUGGCACUUCAUCAUCUUACUUUAGCCGAAGAUAUUGGAAGAUUAAUCUGUCUGAACCAUCUUUGUGUAAAGAUACUGAUGUGUACAACUGGAAUGAUUUGAUGGAUGAUGCUUCUCUUUUAACAUCAUUAGAAAAGGACGGUCAAUGGGAGCAAGCUCGAACUUGGGCAAGACAUCUGGAGUCAAGUGGCAUAGCUUGGGAAUCUACUCUUGAUCAUGUCACUGAAUCACAGGCAGAAGCCAUGGUUGCUGAAUGGAAGGAGUUUCUUUGGGAUAUCCCACAAGAACGUGCAGCCUUGUGGGGUCACUGUCAAUCUCUCUUUAUGAGAUAUUCUUUCCCUCCUUUAAAGGCUGGAUUAUUUUUCCUUAAGCAUGCCGAAGCAGUAGGAAAAGAGAUACCAGCACAAGAGCUUCAUGAAAUAUUAUUGCUCUCUUUACAAUGGCUAAGUGGAACUAUGACUAAAUCCUCUCCGGUCUAUCCUCUUCAUCUUUUGCGGGAAAUUGAGACUAGGGUGUGGCUCCUGGCUGUUGAGUCAGAGAGUCAAUCCAAGGUUGAUGGUGAAUUUGCCACUUCUGCUGUUGCUCAUAACAAAGCUGUUGGAAACAGUAGCAGUAUUAUAGAACAUACUGCUGAUAUCAUCACAAAAAUAGACAGUAACAUGAGCUUGCCGCACAUGAAAAUUACAGAAAGGAAUAGCACACGGGACAGUUUAUCAUACCAACAUGUGCAACUCUUUGAGUCUAACAGUGAAGCAUCUUCAACAACAAUAAAUAACACGCGAGCAAAGCGAAGGAUGAAAACAAAUUCACCACUUAAACGAGGUGUCAAUGACAAUAUUGAAAGUAGAGCUAAUGAGCUGGAUAACAAUUCUAACACUUUACAUAGUUCAAAGAUUGGUGAACAAGCUAGAAAUUUGCUCUCUGAAGAGGAAUUUGUAAAGAUGGAAGCAUCUUUAUCUGGUUGGGAACAAAAUGUUAGGCCUGUAGAUAUGGAGAAGGCUGUGCUCUCUUUACUGGAAUUUGGGCAAAUAACUGCUGCUAAGCAACUCCAACAAAAGCUGUCUCCAUCAUAUAUUCCUGAAGAACUUGUCCUUGUUGAUGUUGCUUUAAGAAUUGCCAAAAACAGCAGUAAUGGAGAGAUCAAUUUGUCAUGCUUUGACACACAGGCUCUUCGGAUACUUCAGUCACUGAGAGUAGCAAAUAGCUGCGAUAUGAUUAGCCCAUCACAGGUUAUGGAGAUACUAGCUGCGAAAUGUGGUGAGGGUCGUGGGCGAGCUCUUAUUAGGAGAAUAAUAGGAGUUGUUCGAACUGCUAGAUUAUUGGGACUCCCAUUUUCCGAAGCAUUUGAGAAACAACCAAUUGAACUUCUACAGUUGCUUUCCCUGAAAGCUCAGGAUUCUUUUGAUGAAGCGAAAUUUCUAGUGGAGACACACAUCAUGCCUGCAUCUAGCAUUGCAAGAAUUCUAGCUGAUUCGUUCCUAAAGGGGCUUUUGGCCGCACAUCGUGGAGGCUAUUUGGAUUCCCAAAAGGAAGAGGGUCCUGCACCUCUAUUGUGGAGAUCAAGUGACUUCUUAAAGUGGGCAAAACUAUGUCCAUCAGAAUCAGAAAUUGGCCAUGCUUUGAUGCGUUUGGUAAUGACUGGACAUGAAGUACCACAUGCUUGUGAGGUUGAACUCCUAAUAUUGUCGCACCACUUCUACAUGUCAUCUUCUUGUCUUGAUGGAGUGGAUGUUCUCGUCACAUUUGCAGCAAAUAGAGUGGACUCAUAUGUUUUAGAGGAGGAUUUUUCUUGUUUAGCUCGUUUGAUCACUGGAGUGAGCAAUUUCCAUUCCUUGAGCUUCAUUCUUUCAAUCCUUGUAGAGAAUGGCCAAUUGGAGUUGCUGCUUCAAAAGUAUUCUGCCACUGACACAGCCACAGGGACGCUUGCAUCGGUUCGAGGAUUUAGGAUGGCUGUUAUUACAUCACUGAAACAGUUUAUCCCGAAUGAUGACGACGCUCUCUCUAUGGUAUACAAGCACUUUGACAUGAAGCAUGAAGCUGCUUCUCUCCUUGAAUCACGUGCAGAGCAAUACAUGAACAGCUGGUUAUCACGAUAUGAUAAGGAACGGCGAAAUGAUGAGCUUCUGGACGCUAUGCAUCAUCUUGUAGAGACAGCUGAGGUUCUUUCAACUAUUGAUGCUGGCCAAAGAACACAUCGUGCUUGUGCCCGUGCUUCUCUUCUGUCACUUCAGAUCCGAAUACCAGAUCUUUUGUGGAUUGGUCUUUCUGAGACCAAUGCCCGGCGGAUUUUUGUGGAACAAUCUAGGUUCCAGGAAGCUCUUAUUGUUGCUGAAGCAUACAACAUAAAUCAACCUAUAGAAUGGGCCCCAGUCUUUUGGAAUCAAAUGCUAAAACCGGAUCUAAUCGAGCAAUUCGUGGCUGAGUUUGUCUCAGUGCUGCCCCUGCAGCCACCAAUGCUUCUCGAGCUUGCAAGGUUUUACAGGGCGGAGGUUGCAGCCAGGGGGGAGCAGUCACACUUCUCUGUCUGGCUUUCACCUGGAGGCUUGCCUGCAGAGUGGGUGAAACAUCUUGGUAGAUCCUUCAGGAGCCUGCUGCGUAGAACAAGGGACAUGAGGCUGAGGCUGCAGUUGGCAACUCUGGCGACAGGCUUCAUUGACGUCCUUGUUAUUUGCAAUAGAGUUUUGGACAAAGUCCCGGACAAUGCUGGCCCGCUGAUCCUAAGGAAGGGACAUGGUGGAGCAUACCUUCCUCUCAUGUAGAUAUUUCCCUUCUCUUUUUGGUGCAUUGGAUUCAGAACUUAAUUCUUGGCAGUUAGGCUAUAUAUUGAAAGGCAGAUGAAUCUUGCAAAUAUUAUAUGUAUCAGCUUUCUUUGGUUCAGCAUCUUUAAAGUCAAGCUUGGCUGCAGUCUUGGACAUGGAUUCUCAUCGAUGAUGCCAUGAAAGACUUUUGUGAUUGUAUGUGCAGCAUUUUGAGCGGAAAAGCUGGCAGAAAUGGGAUUUUUGCAGCUUCAUCCGGCAGGUGUUUUCGCACCCAUGAUAUAUUGUAUGUUUUGCAUGUACGAAGAUCCGCCCCGUAUUUGUUUUCCUCUUUUUUUUUUGGUUUUGCAAGUGUCAUGUAGGUCGAUUUGCUGUCUGUGAUUUGGACUGCAAGUCUGCAACCAGACGGCAGAUGCGUCGAGACGUCGAGUGUCCAGUCCAGCGAAAGCGUAAAUACAAAGCACAUGGACGUUAACCAGACGGCAGAUAGCCUUUGUUUGUUGUUCUACUGGUAAUGUUCUUAUUUUCUAACCAUGGUUUUACAACCCAGGGGAUCUUGUCCUGGCAACUGCUGAGAUCAACUCAUCACAAGUUGAAUCUCAGAGCUCUAUCGGAUACCUGUACUCAGGCAGUCUUCAAAACGUUUUCUACUAUUCCCCGAGUGAAGUCUUUAGCAUGGGGAUACUGUUCUGAUGCUUUUGAUGACUCAAGUUUUAAUGAAAUUCUAGUGGUAUCAAGUGAUGCUUCUAUCACAGUCCAUGCAUUCUGCCAUUCUCGCAAAAGCACACUAACAGUUAAUUCAAUGUCUGAUGCUAAAGAGUUGCAUGGGGAGUGGAAAGAGUGGCGCCCUACUGAAUGUUCAGUGUUGGAGGAUGGUGAGUCAGGUCCAGAAAAUUGGUUUUGUUCUUUCCUAACUACAGUCACUGCGUCUGUUUCUAAUGGAAAAUACCAAGCCAGAUUGCCCAUGAAAUCUUUAUUGCCUAAUUCAGCAGAAGUUGUAUCCUUUAGCAUAUAUGACAUUACUCUCUCUUUCUUGAAAUAUUGGUAUAGCAAAUGUUCUCUGAAGACUAUGGCGGAAACUGACAGUGAAUCACCACGACGUUUUCUUAGAGCAUCGUGCAGUUGUCAGUGGGAGUGUCUAAAAGUUUUGUCUAGCUCGUCAUGUUAUUUGAUCGGCUUAGUUCUGACUCCUAAUGAAUCAGUACGUUGUGAGGCCCAUCCAUCCAAUGCGGAGUGUAUUUUGGUUACUGUUCUGGAGCUAAACCACUGGGGCAUACAGUGGAACUUUGUGGCAGACCUUCAGGAUGUAUCUGAUGGUAUUACGCCAAGUCCAAAAUGGGUUGAUUUUCAGUUAUCAGAUGUGUUUCUUGCCUGCCUUAAUACAGCAGGUUUUGUUGCCAUUUGGAACGUGAAAACUGGUGGUCUUGUGACGUCAUUCAGUGUUCUUCAACAAUGCAGAACUGAUCUGGAGAUGCCUCUGAGGAGCUCUAUGUCCAUUGUGACAAAUUUGGACGAGGGAAAUAUCCAUGUUGAGAACUUUGUUGGCAGAAUGUUUAAGCGGUUAGUUUUGGCAUCAUAUUCUUAUCUUCUUGCUGUUGUAGAUGAGGUUGGAGUAGUGUAUGUGUUCUAUGCGGAUGACAUCUUAAACUUCAAAGCUAAUGUGCACGAAAACUUUGAUCUGCCUGUUAUGAAUCAGUUUGCUGAUUGUUUUUC